UGUUUAUGUAAAUUCAUGUGCCAUAUACGUUACAAAGGAAGUUAACUGGCCAGCGCGCGAUUUAAUACACGUACAGUCCAAAACCCUUUAAUAAGCGGUGACACGUGGUCAAACUUUGCCUACAUUUCAGCUGACUCAGAUCGUCACAUCGGAUCCCUCGAUAAGUAUAUUUGACAGAAACCCACUGAUCAAUGGGAGCAUCUCUUCUGAAGAUCUAUCUAACACGAAAGAGGAUCCACUAGACUUUGAGCACCCAGAAUUGUUGGAGUUCAGCACAAACGAUCGCGGAAUAUUCGGUCACAUACUUUUCCCUGUAGAACCUUUGUCUCCGGUCAGUGAACGAAAGCUAGAGCGCACACCAGUCAGUGACCACGAGGACCAGUUGGAGAACGAAGAAGCUCAUAAUCUAGCCAACAACGGAGAUUCAUGUGCCCUGGGAAAUAAAAAACCAGGGAAGUCAAUACUCAGGCCUGCGAAGCCGGUCAUUAUUCCACAAAAUGCAAUUGGUCCCACAUAUUUUACGGAUGGAUCUGAAAUAGAUGUCUCAAGUCCGCGCCAGUUAAUAUCCCAAUACGACUUUCGUAGCCUCAUCUACCAAGAUCAAUACUUGGGCAAGCUUGGAAGCACCAAGCUCACUGUGCGUUACUGCUUCCCGUGUCGUUCUAUUCGUCUUCAUCUGAGUGGUAUUUGUUCCAAGUGUAACCGGCCGCAUUCAGUCACCAACACGGAAUUCCUGUUGCCAAAAGCUGUGGAACGCUACGGCUUAUCGAAUUAUCUGCUGAGUGACAUGACGGAGCUUCUUAGUAGCGCGGCCACAGGACUUAGUGAAUUUGCCCAACCAUCCUCGUCAGAUGACGAUCAGGUGGAACUCAGAGGCCACACAAACAACCACCAGGAUUUUCCGUCGAACAUGAUACAGCAACCCCCCCAUGAGCUAGCCAAAAAUGAGACUACGGAUAAAGUAUAUGCUACGGAGUACAACGAUCCUGUCCUCAGCCACCUGGUAAAACCGGAUCACGCGGACGAUAUUUUCCUUUCUUCAUCGACCUCAGGAUCCAUGGGAAGUGAGACCGACAAGCGACUCGGAAGUUCAACAUAUACCAGACCGAAGCUCCCCUGGGCUUUGACUAAUCAACAAGCUUCUGGAUCACCGCGUGGUAAGAUUCUACCCUUCUAUCCGCAGCAAAACACAACAGUGCCCCAUCAACACUUGCAAAAUUACGAUGGCCUACCUGACACACAAAAUUUAAUUUCGCAAUUGGAGAAGCGAACUGUGCUUGACAAGAAGCAAAAGGAUACGGACAACCACAAGGAAAGGUCACUUUCAAAUUCUCCAUGUGGUGUAACUGAAGACCAAGAGGUAGCGAAUGUUAUGCUGGGCUCGGCACACACUGCUGGACUAAAUCAACGCUUAUUGGCGAUGUUACAACGCCGGAAAAAUAUACAAAGCAUCUUCGAAACGAAUCAGAAAAUGGAUACGCACAAUCUCCUGAGAACCCAACCUCGUCGAUCAGCAGUUGUACCCAGUUCAGCACGGACUCAGUCACAACAACCAAUUUCACGUUUAUCAGAAGGAUUGAACUCGGAACGAAGACGAGAUUCAUCCCUCUUAACGCUCCGCACAACCAGCCAGAACAGAAAUUUGAGUUCCAGAAGAGAAACAAAGUUUCCGGAGAAACAUUCUGUUCAAGCUAGCAUAGCAAAAGCACGAACAAACUCGUCACAGCCUCACCGAGUUGGUGAUACACCACGUUCAACGUCGGCGAACACAAGAGUGACAUUUGGAGAUCCUCCGUCAAUGGGUGGUUCGUCAGAUGGUUCAAAACUCUCAGCCAUUCAAACCUGGCAACGUCGCAAAACCUAUGACCCCCACGCUUCAUCCCAACCGAAGACUUCUAAGGAAAGCAUUCGCUCAACGAAUCAAUCAGGCCGUGUGGGUAAAAGUCAGGACCAGACAAGUGAGAGAUUAACCAACUCUGCAUAUCAACCAACAAAGAAUGGCCAAAGAACAAGCCGGAGAUUGAUGAACGGUCUAAAUCGCACAGCCCCAGUUGAAACUGCUGACUGUUUAGAGGCUCUGGCAUCGAUAGAAGCUCAUACCGAAUUUCCAGCUCAUUGUUCCGUAGUUCCGAAGAUUCUACUUCAAAACCAAUCCCAAAAUCGGUCUGAAAUGGUUCCUGCAACACAUCAGUCAAAAACACGAAGCGAGACUGCACGGAAGCCGACGGUUACCAAUGCUCCAAGUAGCGUGGACGGGAAGAGACGGCAGGCCCGCUCAGCUUCUUCCCACUCACAAUAUCCAUCGUUGAUGGGUCAACAGAGAAGAAAUGAGCCUCACAUUUGUCUGACUAAUGGCUCCAGGCAGAAAACCGAACGCAGUUACCAGCCUCUAACGAACGGACACUCACGUACGGGAAAACACCACACCAAUUUACUGCAUUCGAACCAAAUGCGAUCCGUAUCACAAGCAGAAUAUCGCGAAUUUGAGGAAACUGGACCCAUCCCGGACGUGACUGCUUGUUUUGACAGUAAUGGGAAAGCCAAUUUGGAUAACGAACUCCACUAUCCGGAUUUGGCAGUGGAAUCGAUCAGAUACAAGAUUGAAAAGUUGGCUAACUUCAUUGUUCGCCUGCGAAAACGGAUUGAACGCGACUACGCAGAACAAGGUACUUGUUCACCGGGUGAUGACGUGUUUGGCGAUGAGGCCGUAGGAGCCACCGUUGCUGGCAUGUCCACAGGGAUGCAUCCGGUUGUGGCAGCAAGCCUGAAACAUUUGCGGGUGUUGGAAUUCAACGCUCAAGAAAUAUUCAAUCUUCUCUAUCCCAACGAAAUCGACUUGUGGGAACCGGUGCGAGCUUGCUUGGCAGGAACAAUAGAGGGAGAACAAAUGUACAACGAAGCGCGGAGUAAACUUACUGACCACGCAUCAAAUUCAAUGAAUAUGGACGACAUCAUAAAAGAAGGCACAAUACGGAGAAAUGAGACAGUGGCCUUUGACCCAGAUUCUUAUACAUCUCCCGACAACAAUGAAUACAUUCCACUCCAUCACACGGAUAUUUUGUAGACAGCUCCAAGUGUACUUCACGAAUGACGUAGGGGAUAUGAUCUGAAUGCAACGUAUGUUGUACUAUUCUGCUUCAAACAAUGUCUUU